AUGGCAGAUGCUAAAAGAAACACACCUGCAUGUUCUCUAGCUGCUCGACCCAUGCCCGAGAACUCCUUGUGCCAUCUUCGCUACGGUCUCGACAUUGAAGGUCAAUAUGUUUUCCUAAUGUCAAAAAUCGAAAACGAUCAUCAAUUACGGGAGCGAAAAAAAAAUCGGAUAAUAAAGGGGGAUUUCGCCACCAGUUAUGAGGCCUGGAGUUUUCGAGAAGAUGAAAUCCACGCUCAUGAUUACGACUUCGAAACCAGAGGAAACCUACCAUUUAGCUUCAUAGCAGAUGUUACAGAGCUGAGAACGUGUUGUAUGCACACGCAAAGAUUUUCGAAGCACGAAAUCCGUACAUCUGCGCCGCCUCUCAGAACACAUUCUGGGGGAUUGGAUAACGUGGCAGACCGUCUGGCUACGUCUCAAUGCUCCUUGGGUAAAAGUGAGACUUCUCAUGAUACUACCACAUACGAUAUUGCGAAUCUGCGUUCCUUCGACCAGAUACGAGGAGAGGAAAAUCACAAAGAGGAGAGUAACGUAAGGCGGCGGAAAAUACAUGUCAAAGAAGCAAUUAGCGACUUACUUCCCAUCGAACCGCUUCAUGGAUCAACACCUCGGGAUGCUGACGAACUGCAGCGGUAA